GCCCGGCCCGCUGCUAUGGCGGCCGUCGGGCACUGCCUGCGAGCCGUGGGGCUGCAGUUCUGGGCGGACUCGCUGCAGGCGCUGCCCGCCCUGCUGGCCCCCGCCGUGCUGCUGGGGCUGUUGCUGGGCGCCGCCGCCGCCGCYCUGCUCUGCCGCUGCGCGCUCGGGCCGCGCCGGGGCGGAGAGAAAGAUGAUUCCCAAAGACUUCUGGAAAACUUCAACCCGGACGAAAAAGAGCACCCGCUCAUGAAAAGUAAAGCAGACCUCUAUGCAUCAAAAGAGGAAAUGGUGCUGGAGGAAAGUGAGUCUCCUCUGAGCAGUAACAUCACAGCAUUUGCAUUAAAGGCAAAAGUGGUCUAUCCCAUCAACCAGAAAUUUAGGCCUUUGGCAGAUGGCUCAUCCAAUCCAUCUUUGCAUGAGAAUCCAAAGCAGGCAGUUCUGCCUAAUCAAGUGGUGGAGACAUCUAUGUCAGGCAGCCUGGGAUCCCUGAGCCAGGGAGACAAAGAGGACUGUAGUUCCUCCACAACAAUACAUUCCACAACAAGCGACGACAGAUUUCAGGCUCGAGCCUUCCUAAAGGUGAUCAGCUUCCCUGAGGUGCUGACAUGUGAAAGUUUUGAUGUUAAGCUCUGCCUUUGCAGUCUUAUUUUAAAAGAUCUCAUGCUUCUUGAUACUGAACUCAGGAAAGAAAAACAUGUGAUGUUUAUCCAGGUUUUCAAAAUAUACCUCACAGACUUACAUSGUAAAAAGAAGAUUACUGAUGAUUUGUUGAAGCAGUUCCUUUUAAAUCAGGAAAAUGAUUUUGAAGAAUUACAGAAACAACUUGACUCCAGACUCCAGAAUACWGAAAUGUCAGGAGCCCAUAAUUCAGAGUACCAGACUCUAGAAGACCUAGAAAGGAAGGAAAGGGAAUAUUCUGAGCACGUGAUAGAUAAUAUGGAAGCUUUCUGGAAGCAGACUGACAAAGCCCAGCAGGCUUUUUUGGACCAAUCAAAAUGUUCAAGUACCAAAGCAACAAAGAUAAUGAUGGAUCUGACUGAGAAGAUGAUUGCAGUAGAAAGCUUGUUAAGUGAAUCUCAAGACUCACAGGCAAUGGACAUUCAGGAAAGGUUAUUCAACUGGGAGCUUAUGGUGAAAGUGAUUGAUUCAAUGAAGUCCUCCAUACCAGAAGAGUGCAAGUGUAGAUUAAAUAUUAUGUCAAAUAUUCUGGACCAUUUAACUGUAAAGAAUAAUCUUUCAGUCCGACAAAAGGAAGAACUUCUAACAGAUCUGCACAAGGCCUUCUGGGAAGAGCUGGCACAUUACAGUAAUGAAUGCAUGGAACAAAGUAAAGACCUGAUCUUGAAACGGCUGGAGUGCCGUGCAAAGAAGAAGGAAGAGUCCAAACGCAGAYGGGAAGCUGAACUAGAGAAUCUCCUUAGCAAAACUUUCCUUACUAAAGAUGUUCAUAAUUUUCUCAAGGCUUACCAUGAGCUGGCAGAGAAACACCGGCAAGCACGGUGGGAUCUGGAGGAGGAGGAUGACUUCAAGAGCACAGAGGCUGUCGCUGAUCUCUACAAGGAGCUGUACUCUAAAGCUUCCCRUGCUUUAGCAGAGUUGGUGACGGAGCUGUUUCUUCAGACCCUGCCUGUGGUGACUGGCCUCUCYGUAAGAGAAUGUGAGCUUCUGAAAGAGGAAUGGCAGGAGAAYGUGGUCCCUCAGCUGGAGAAAUGGGAGACCCACCGCCAGAGACACUGGAAGCUUUUCCAGGAGCAGCUAYUGAAAGAAAAAGAAGUCUGGAUAACAGAAUAUGCUCUAUCUGCUGUGAUGCGAAAGCACCUUUCUGAGAAACAAGAGAGGAUAAUUCAAGGUGUCGUGAACCGACUAGGAUGCCUCAGUGAUGAGUCUGUUAACUACAUAUUGCAAAAACACCGACUUCUGCUGUGUUCAGUACUCAGAAGGUUAACCUUCCGAAGAGUUGGGAUGGCAGCCCUGGCGUGCAUGAGACUGUCCAGAAAGAAGAGUUUGCUUCAGGAGCUGAGAGAGCAACACACCCUGCAGAAGGGAUCCUCCCUGUGCCAAGAUGAGGACCAGUGGCAGUUACAGAAGGCAGUGGAGUCCCACAUUCGUGAAGAAGAGGAGAAGCUUGAGGAAGAAACACAAGAAACCAAUUUAGAAUUUCAUCAGCAGCUAGUCACRGAAAUCCAAGAAGCUCUUCAGUUUCUUCAGCAGCACAUGGAGCAGGUGAUUGGGCAAACACUGCUGCAGCAUGCUCGAGAGGAARCUGGAAAAAAGAGUUCAGAUGAUGGACAGGACUUCAAGGAGAGAUUGGUGGAAUCUGCUGUGGAAAGUGUGUAUGGGACCAGCAAUAACAUCAACAGACUGGUGCAAAACUACUACCAGCAAUUAGGAAAAAUCACAGAAGGCUAUGAAGGGAAAAAGCUUCAACACCUGAAGUCUUUACAAGCAGAAAGAAAUGAAAGGAUCAGGCUGAAGAAUAAAGAGAAUGAACUGGCAUUGAAAGAAAAACACAGCAAAGGCCUCCUGAACGUGUCGUCCACGGUCCACCAAAGGAUAGUGCUACAGCAAAAGAAGAUUUUGGCUCAGUUUGAACUACAGCAACAAACUCGUCUGGAGUCUCUGAAACAGAAGCUGCUGGGAUUGCAUUGCCUGGAAACUGAGUUGGAGAAUCAGCUGAGGGAAGCAGAGCAGGACUUUGUGAGUGAGUUGGCUGUGCUGACCCGAGUUCCAGUGACYGUGAAGAAGCCUUCCAAAAGGAGCAAGGCAGCAGGUGAAAAAACAAAUUCCAAAAGACAGACCUUUCAGUCACCCAGAUCAGCAGAAAAAGAUGAUUCUCAUGAAAAUAUUCAACAGUCCCACGGAAUGACUUCUGACUUAUGCAGAGAKUUGUCACAGAGUUCACAUGAAGGGGAGACUGAACCAAGGAAAAACUCAAAGAUGUUAAAAAAGAAAGGCAGCAGGUAGUAAAAGCCUGUUUGUGAGCCGUCUGAACACAGUGUACCAAAGAUUCUUUUGGGGAAUCUCAGCAUCUAUAGGUACUUACUGAGCUGCUUUGCUGAGGAACAUUGAAGAAAAUCAAUAAUAAUCAAUAAAUYCUUUUUAGCUGCAGACCAAGAAUCAAUCACAACUUCCUUUAGCUGUUAAUAACAUUCCCUCUUGGUUUCAGUAAGAGGGAACAAGGAAGUCUUUAAUACAAGCUCUUUGAGAUAGCUUGGGUAAUAUGGAGGGGAGAUSGUUUCAGACUUGAAAUAUACCUGAGGAAAGUGAGCUUCUUGGAUAACAAAUGCACUCUUAGCCCAGGUUGGUGUAUCUCAGUAAGGUUUCCUCACAAUAGGGAUGUACUUUUGAGCCCAAGAUGYGGUACAUGAAGUCUUUAAUAUUUUGUGAUUGUUACUCUGGCCUAACAAAAAGAGACAAAAAUG